GUCCUGCGUGCUCAGGAGCUCAGGGGCCCCCUGAUCCCGCCAAGCCCCCUCCAGGAGCGGAAGGGUUAAGAAUGAUGAAGAAGAAGAGAAAGCGAGGCACGUCCUUCGGUCCAUGCCGCAGCCACGGCCCCGAACCCGCCACGGCGCCCGUGCCGCCGCCCUCGCCGGAGCCCACGAGACCUGCAUGGACGGGCAUGGGCUUGAGAGCAGCACCUUCCAGCGCCGCCGCCGCUUCAGCCGCUGCCGCCGAGGCUGAGCAGCGACACCGCCCCCAGCUCUGCCCGCCGCCCCUGCCGUUGUUGCUGCUGCUGCUGCUCAGCCUCGGGCUGCUCCACGCAGGUGACUGCCAACAGCCGGCCCAAUGUCGAAUCCAGAAAUGCACCACGGACUUUGUGUCCCUGACUUCACACCUGAACUCUGCCAUUGACGGCUUUGACUCUGAGUUUUGCAAGGCUCUGCGGGCCUAUGCUGGCUGUACCCAGCGCACUUCUAAAGCCUGCCGUGGUAACCUGGUGUACCAUUCUGCUGUGUUGGGUAUCAGUGACCUCAUGAGCCAGAGGAACUGUUCUAAGGAUGGACCCACAUCCUCUACCAACCCCGAAGUGACCCAUGACCCUUGUAACUAUCACAGCCACGCAGGAGACAGAGAACACAGGGAAGGGGACCUGAACCCUCCCAGUUACCUUUUUUGUGGCUUGUUCGGAGAUCCUCACCUUAGAACUUUCAAGGAUCACUUUCAGACGUGCAAAGUGGAAGGAGCCUGGCCACUCAUAGAUAAUAAUUAUCUUUCAGUUCAAGUGACGAAUGUGCCCGUGGUCCCUGGAUCCAGUGCUACUGCUACAAAUAAGAUAACCAUCAUCUUCAAAGCUCACCGGGAGUGCACGGAUCAGAAAGUGUACCAAGCUGUGACCGAUGACCUGCCGGCCGCCUUCGUGGAUGGCAGCACCAGCGGCGGGGACGGCGACACUAAGAGCCUGCUUAUCGUGGAGCGGGAGAGUGGCCGCUACGUGGAGAUGCGCGCCCGCUACAUAGGGACCACGGUGUUUGUGCGGCAGCUCGGUCGCUACCUGACCCUCGCCAUCCGCAUGCCCGAAGACCUGGCCAUGUCCUACGAGGAAAGCCAGGACCUGCAGCUGUGUGUGAACGGCUGCCCCCUGGGCGAGCGCAUUGACGACGGGCAGGGCCAGGUGUCUGCCAUCCUGGGCCACAGCCUGCCUCGCACCUCACUGGCGCGGGCCUGGCCUGGCCACACACUGGAGGCCGCCCAUGCCCAGUGCCACGAGAAGAUGCCAGUGAAGGACAUCUACUUCCAGUCCUGUGUCUUCGACCUGCUCACCACUGGGGAUGCCAACUUCACCGCCGCCGCCCACAGUGCCUUGGAGGACGUGGAGGCGCUGCACCCGCGGAAGGAACGCUGGCACAUCUUCCCGAGCAGCAGCCGGGGUGCGCCCUGUGCAGGCGGCCAUUGGCCUGUCCGUCUGGGACUCACAUGCUUGGUCUUCAUUGUGUUUUUGUAGGGGGUGUCUUCUGUUUUUUUAUUUUUUGUCUAUAACAGAAUUUUAAAAUAUAUAUUGUCAUAAUAUAUUGAGGAAAAGAGUAUAUAUGUAUAUACCAUGUAUAUGACAGGAUGUUUGUGGGGCGCCACCAGACUGUACAUAAUGUGCGUGACUGUUUCAUGUAUGUUGGAUGUAGUGUUCUUGGACCGUAUUGAUUUUGUUUUGCAGUUUUGUGAAAUAUUUUAUAAUGUCCCUGCCGAGGGACCUGUUAGAAAGCACUUUAUUUUUUAUAUAUUAAAUAUUUAUGUGUGUACCUGGUUAGUACGUUAGUACCUAUACACAGACACCGUGGCAGCGAGCCCGCCCGGGAGGCCCGGUGACGGUGCUCGUAGCUGUCCCUGGCUGGCCAUCCCUGCCCUUGCCCUUUGCUACUGAUCUGUCACCGUGGGCGCGCAGCUCGCUCUCGCCUCCUGCUGGCUGAGCUGCGUCCUUCCUUAGAGCGAGGAGGUCCUCGCCCCUCCCGCCCUCCCUCCGUGUGGAAGGACAGCGCCGUCCCCGGCAGGCACUUUGGCUCUUGUGAAACAGUCAUUUCUAAGAAUUCCUCGCCCUCCUUCACAUCUGUCACUUUUUCAAGGGGCAGGGAGGACAGCACUACAGUUUUCAUUAACCAGGACUGUUCUUGCUGAGCACUUAGGGUAUGUGAGGUUGAGCCAGAUGAAACUGCUGUUUCUGUAGGUCAGAAGGGGCUGAUGAUGGCAAUGUCGUGGGUACAUACCAGGCAUUUUGCUAGAUCUUGGACUUUUCCUCCUCCUGGGUCCCUGUUUAAACCGUAUCACCCUUUGCUCUUCUCUGUAUCAUUUGUGCAAGCCCAACUUCUAAGCCUUAUUUCCUCAGCUGUUUAUGCCCAGAAACACACUGCUCCUCGUCCCCACCCCCAGUAGCCCCUCCUCAGCCUCACCUGAUGAACCUGAUAAACUAGGGGUAGAUUCUUUCUUCACAGCGAGGCUCAGAUCCCAUCACAGAGAGUGCCACUCGUCCUUGCCGUCCACACCGUGGCCCGCGCUGGUGCGUCUGUAUGCGUGAUGCCAGAACAGGCUGUUAAAUGACAGGAAAGCUUUCCAGGCCUGAGCCAGUACGCGGCUACAUGGGUGCUGGUUAACCCAGACCUCACUGCGCAACGCUGCUCCCAGGUGGUCUCUCUUUAAUUAGAUAGUAACAUCUCUAGUGAUUAUUAUUUAGUGCGUUGCUCAUGUAACUUGGUAAGAUUCCUAUAAAGUAUCUCCUUUCAUUUCACCUGUUGGCACACCCUUAUAAAAGGCAAGCACCGCCCACAAAAUGCAAGAACAAUGAGGAAGUGAGUGCUAGGGCAGGUGGAUUUCUGUUGUAUCUGUGUAAAUGUUUGGUUCCAAGGAGAAACGAUACCAUUUGUACCUCACCUUACUCAGAUUUACCUAAGUGCAUAAAGAAAUGCCGCAGCACUUUGGAUCCAACUUGGGCUGGGUUUAAAUGGCCAGGUAAUUUCUGCCUUUUGCCAUGCCCCAUCGAUUAGGGUCACUGCCAGAGCCCUAAACUGGCAGGAAAAGAUCCUGUUUGUGAUAUUCUACUUGUUUUGUGAAAUUCUAUUUCUUGGUGAACUGAUCUGAUCUGUCAUCCAAUCAGAGCAUGGAGCUGUGGGUUCAUCUAGAGGUUGGGAAACUGCUCUUUUUCUGAUCCAGGAGAGAAUCGUCCUGGGGAGUUUGGGAGAAUCACAAAGGCGUCCUACUUCUUACUUGAUAAAGAUUCAACACAGACAAGUGAAACUGAACUUGUUGCCCUUGUCUAAAGACGUGGGCGAGCCUGCCUGCCGUGAGCUCUGAACGGUGGCUGUGUCUGUUACCAUGUGCCAGUUCAGAAGGUAUAGUUAGCUAGCAAUUUUGUUAGGUAAUUGAGUAGAACAAAGGAGGAAAAAAUAGAGUAUUUAUAACCACUAUUCUUGUGCAAACAGUAUAAAAGUGAAGUAAAAGCAAUAGAAACUUGCAGUGUCUGCCUUUAGAGUGUAUGUGGUUAAUAUUACCUUCGUCCUCUUCAGGGAAGCAAAACCACCACCGCUAAUAGGAACUCACGUUGCUUUGCCAUUGGAAGGAUGCUUCCAGGCAUCCUAUCUCACCAGUAUUCGUACCAGUGCGUUUGGCUAGUCUCCCUUUAAAAAGUGCCCUCGUCCAACAUUUACAGCCCCUACAGAUGACGAAGAAAUAUAGAUGCUUCUCUAGAAAAGGGCCAGGUUAUUUCCCGUUUCUUUUCUAGGACUUUUAGGGAACAUAGGACUUGUACAUUUUGGUUCUUGAAAUCCUCUUUAACCAAGAGUUACAGGUGAUCCCACCACAUGGAUAAGCUGUAGCUACUCAGAGUCCUCCUGGGGGAGCUUAAGACUUGGGGGGAAACACUGGUUUUCACAGAUGCUCCACAUGGCUGUCUUUAAAAGACUCAAAACUUUUUUUUGUCCUUUUCUUCUCUUUGUUAAUGCUUGGAAAUUCCCGCAGUGUGUCGAGUCUUUGCAAAGAAACCUUUAGAUGUGGUUCAUAGGUAUAUGAAUAAGUAUCUGUGUAAAACAGUGAGUGUGCGGUGUGUAAAUACUUUAAAUUAUUAUGCUAGAAAAAUAAAGUGACAUACCCUGCUGUGGAA